UCCUAAGCUGACGUCAGCCCGGUACCGAUGAACAACCGGUAGCGUUGAAGGGAGCUGUACGGUUGCUUGCUAGUUUGUAGCUUUGUCCGCUAAUAUCCCCCGCUACCCCUGGCCCCAAGUCAAACGUGCAAGCAUCAUGCCUUUCGAUGUUAGGAGAUUCGAUAUCUACAGGAAAGUGCCAAAAGAUCUCACCCAGCCCACAUACACAGGAGCUUUCAUUUCCAUUCUCUGCUGUGUCUUCAUACUUUUCCUGUUCCUGUCCGAGCUGACGGGAUUCAUAGCCACUGAAAUUGUAAAUGAACUGUAUGUGGAUGAUCCUGAUAAAGACAGUGGUGGGAAGAUAGAUGUGAGUUUAAACAUCAGUUUGCCAAACUUACACUGUGAUUUGGUGGGUUUGGACAUCCAGGAUGAGAUGGGCCGACAUGAGGUCGGUCACAUAGACAACUCGAUGAAGAUUCCUCUCAACCAGGGUGGUGGUUGUCGCUUUGAGGGCGAGUUCACCAUCAACAAAGUACCAGGAAACUUCCACGUUUCGACACACAGCGCCACAGCGCAGCCCCAGAACCCUGACAUGACCCACACCAUCCACAAGCUGGCCUUUGGGGAAAAGCUUCAGGUACAAAAAGUACAAGGAGCCUUCAAUGCGUUAGGAGGGGCUGACAGGCUCUCAUCUAAUCCUCUGGCCUCACAUGACUACAUACUGAAGAUUGUUCCAACAGUGUAUGAGGACCUAUCAGGCAGACAGAGAUUCUCCUACCAGUACACGGUAGCCAACAAGGAAUAUGUUGCUUACAGCCACACUGGCAGGAUCAUCCCGGCCAUCUGGUUCAGAUACGACCUUAGUCCAAUCACAGUCAAGUACACAGAGAGGAGACAACCCUUCUACCGCUUCAUUACAACAAUCUGUGCCAUUGUUGGAGGGACGUUCACAGUCGCAGGCAUCAUCGACUCUUGUAUAUUCACCGCCUCAGAGGCUUGGAAGAAGAUCCAGAUAGGAAAAAUGUCAUGAGGAUCGCUCCUCACCUCCCCCAGCACAUCUUAUUUAGAAGUGCAAAGUUGCUAGCCUGUUAGCUAAAUCCAAUCCUGCUUGAACCAACUUCCUCAUGGAGAUUGUAUCACCGUGACCAAUGAAGUGGCUCCGGCACUCGAUCUAACUACCAGGCUACACGCCACUGCUGCAUCUCAGUUACUGAAGCUCCUUUCAGGCUCCAUCUGCUCUGCUGACGUGUGGACGCUGACUAUCACAUGUCCGCUUCCUGCGUCUUCAGUGUCAGGAGAGGGAGAGGAGAGGGAAGCUCUUUUGUUACUGUGGAGAUGAAGUCUAAAGUAGGACCGUGUGUCAGGGUUCAACCGGUAUAAGGGUGUUUUGAAGGCUGCAGCUGAUAUUUUUUUUAGAGUGAAGUUAAAAAAAAAACCCAAAAAUAACUCAGAUUUAUGCUGAUAUUCAAUAUUUUAAAUAUGAUCAAGCACCAUGUGACACAAAUCUGUGCACUCCACAUGUAUGUGAUUGGGAAAUUUUUCAAUUCGUGGCUGAAUGAUUUACAGAUUUAAAAAAAAGGGGGGUGAAAUCAAAAUGUGUUUACUAUUUCCUAUUUUCAGCUAAAUUCCUUGGUCAACCAGAAUAUCAUUUCAAUUAUACCAUGUUUAUUUCCCCAAUACUGCAAAAGGGACUGAUUAUUUGAAGGAAGUGUUGUUCUUUUUUCUUUUUAUAUAUAAACCUGUAGUUGUACCACAAAACUACAUUUUGUAUCAUGAGUUUUUCAUCCAAUCUGCCAUUUUAUCUCCAGUAUUCAAACUGUGCCUUUGGGUUUACUGCUCCAUCAUACAGCAUUAUCAUCAUCAGCUCUCAUUAGUUUGUUUCAGUGGCUGCUUCUAAAACCAGUAUUUUCACCGGUUCAUUCAUGCAUGUUUACAGCUACAGCAUCUGUGUAGAUUUUUCUUUUUCAGGUAAUAGAUUAUUUACCUUUCAUUCCAUUUAAUCCAAGUAUUUCAUCAACGCUGUUAAAGGUCCUAGUUUUUCUUUAUCCGUUCCAUUUCAGUGAUUUAAAAGAAAUAUAGUGAAUGUCUUGUUUUACACAGUACGUGAAUUUGUCAACGUAUUGUUAUUCCAUGAAGUAGUAAAUUGUAUAGAAGGUUUGGUUUUGUGUGGGGAAAACAUGUAGGCCCGAGAUGUUUUUCUUCUUUGGUCAUGAUUUUUUUUCUUUUAUACUAUUAUUAUACCACAGCUUCUCUGAUCAAGGAUGGUGAUAAUCACAGGCCUUCAGAACUGGUCUUUCUACUGUAAAGGUCAUCCAUUUUUCUGUUCCGCCUCGGAUUACUCUGUAACACUAUGUGUUCCUCAAGUAAAGGUACCAUGGAA